AAUUCCCUAAGCAACUUAAAAAUUCUCAUUUUAAAGAGAAAUUAGUUUAAAAUUAGCUCUGGUGGAAAAAACAUGGACCUGGAUGAAAUACUGCCCUCAGUCGGGGAGUUUGGCAAGUACCAAAAGUUGGUUUUGUGGUUUAUAUUAUUUCCUGCGGUUUUUCCAUGCGGUUUUCAUGCUUAUAAUCAGCUGUUCAUGGCUACGGUUCCUGAGCAUUGGUGUAAACUGCCCAAAGUUCGAGGAGUUGAUCCAGAAAAGAUUAAGAAUUUCAGCAUUCCGAUGGAACUGACAAUGGAUAACAAAGUGAAAUUUAGCGAGUGUGCGAUGUAUGAUCUGGAUUAUGACACGAUAAAUCUGGACAGAUCGGACAGGAGUCAUUUCAUUCGGGGAGAUGCAACUGUGCCGUGCAAAAACGGAUGGACCUAUCGGGUGGACGAUGUGAGGAAUUCUGUUAUUAGUGAGUGGGACCUAGUAUGUUCCAAAGAUUUUUCUCCAACUCUGGCUCUAGUGCUUUUUGGCUGCAGUGGCUUAAUUGGAAACUACAUUUUUGGAUACAUCCAGGAUGGCUUGGGUAGAAAACCCGCUUAUUUCAUUUAUUUACUCAUCCAGUGCGUCUUUGGAGUCGCUACAGCCCUUGCCAAUAAUUUUAUCGUAUGGGUUUUGUUUAGGGUUGGAGUAGGGUUUACCAUUCCAGCCAUCCUGGGUACACCAUACGUUUUAGCCAUUGAACUAGUAGGCCCUAAGGAUAGAACCACCGUAACAAUUCUAAUCAAUAUUGCAUACUCACUGUCGCUGAUCAGUUUGGCCAUAGUGGUAUGGGCCGUCAGGAAUUGGAGAUGGAUGGCAUUGGCGACUACUGCACCCUUUAUAACCCUGUUUGCCACAUGGUGUUUAUUGCCAGAGAGUCCAAGGUGGUUGCUGGCUCAAGGAAAAUACGAAGAGGCGGAGAAAAUACUUGAGAUUAUGGCAAGGAUUAAUGGCAAAACAUUUCCCGGUAAUUCACUUCCGAAAUCAUUGAAAAACGCCCACUCCGAGACAAAGUAUGGGAUAAUGCAUUUAUUUAAGAAUCGCAAUUUAAGAUGGAAAACUAUUAUUGUGACGUUUUUAUGGUUUACUAAUACGAGCGUUUAUGUGGGAUUAUCUUAUUAUGCACCCGCUUUAGGAGGGGAUGAGUUUUUAAAUUUCUUUUUGGCCGGAGCAGUCGAGUUGCCUACUUAUUUGUUUCUAUGGCCCGCAAUGGAAAGACUUGGAAGAAGAUGGACUUUAUGUAUUAGUAUGAUUAUAGGGGGUUCGUCUUGUUUGGCAACGUUUUUAGUACAAAAUGAUUAUAUGAUAACCCUAACGUUAUACUGCAUUGGCAAAAUGGGAAUUUCCUCGUCUUUUGUCGUAUUACCGCUAAUGGCUUCCGAACUGUACCCGACCGUUGUCAGGGGUCUCGGAAUGUCGUUAAGUUCAGUUGUAGGCAUGCUUGGACCCAUUUUUAUACCUUUGGUCAAUUAUUUGGGUUCUGAUAUGAUUAUACUCCCAUUGAUAAUAAUGGGCGCAAUGUUGGUGGCUGGAGGUUUGUGUUCUUUAUUACUUCCGGAGACCCUCAACGAACAUUUGCCACAGACUUUAGAAGAUGCCGAGCGAACCAAGUUGGAUUUUUUUGCUUGUUGUGUACCACCACAGAGGGAUGAAUCUGUAAGGAGGAAUAACGCUGAUUUGGAGUGUAAUAUUUUAAAGUAAUUUUUUUGUGUUCAAUAAAUAUUAUUAGUAAAUUA